UUAGCGAUGCCGCAGCGAGCAAGGAGCGCAAGCCGUUCCGGUUUAGGUACUUCGAGGUGUUCCAGGAUGCAUGCGCGAUGAAGGUCAGCACCGACGCAAUGCUGCUCGGCAGCUGGGCACAGCCCCUGCCCGGCAACCCCACCCCCAGCCCCGCCCUCAGCCCCAUGGGCUCCUCUAGAUCCAUUCCGGAAUCCCAGCCCGGCCCAUCCGGAUCCAGAUCCGGAUCCACGGCCGCUGCUGCUGGCGCAACCGCCGCCGCCGCCGCUGCCGCGCCGCGUGUGUUGGACGUGGGCACGGGAACGGGGGUGCUGGCGCUCAUGAUGGCGCAGAAGCUGGCGGCAGCUGCCCAGGCGGCGGGGGUAACGGGGGCAGCGGGGGCGGAGGGAAAGGAGAGGCAGGUGGCGCCGGCGUCAGCAGUGGCAAGGUGGGAAGGGACGGUGGCAGCGGCGGCGGCGGGUGCAGGCACUGCGGGACGCGUGGCUGCUGCGCCUGCGAACUGGUGUCAGCGGCCGCAGGUGGUGGCGAUUGAUGUGGACGCGUCGGCGGUGUUGCAGGCGCGGGAGAACGUGGCUCUCAGCCCCUGGCACGACCGUGUGCGGGUGCUGCACGUGGGGCUACAGCAGCUGGCGGCGGCGGCGGCGGCGCUGCGCCAACCCCUACCCCUACCCCUACCCCUGCCCCUGCCCCUGCCCCUGCCCCUGCUGCCCACAAGCACAGCAGCAGGUGCUGGGGGCCAGGGCCAUGAGGGGCAGCCGCAACAGGCGCAGCAGGAGCAGCCAUGGACGCAGACACUCCAUAUGGACAUGAGCGCUCCUCCUGCUGAAGCGGAUGCCGCCGGUGCCGCCGGUGCCGCUGGCGCCGCCGGCGCUGCCAGUGCCGCGGCUGUUGCGGGUUCGGCUGCUGCGGCUGCCGUCGACGCCGCCGCCGGCAGCAGCAGCAGUCUGCCCCCCGCCAUUACGGCUGGCGACGUGGGGCCGUUCGACCUGAUCAUCACCAACCCGCCCUACUUCGUGGCCAGCAGCAAGCCGGCGCGGGGCCGCGAUGCGCGCGCCGCCGCCCGUCACGCCGACGUCAGCCUGCCCUUCCCAGACCUGGCGGCGGGCUGUGAGGCGCUGCUGGCGCCGGGGGGCGCGGUGUGUGUGGUGCUGCCGCCGACCGAGGCGGAGAGCUUCUGUGCCGCCGCCGCGAGCUGCGGGCUGGUGCUGACGGAGGUGGUGCACGUGUUCACGACUGAUGAGGACGCCACUCCGCGCCGCCACCUGAUGAGGCUGCAACGAGCCGCGGACCUGGCGCCAUCCCUGGCGGGUGCGCCGCCCGUGCCCCUGCUCAAUCGCCUGGUCAUCAACGGCCCUAAACGCACCGGCACUACAGCCAGCAGCAGUAGCAGUAGCAGUAGCAGUGGAGAUGGCAGCAGCAGCAGCAGCAGCGAGGGGGGACACAGCUCCGGCACCCCCGCCUCAUCACCCGCACCACCAGCACUCGCACCAGCACCACCAGCACCGGGGCCACCGCCGCCGCCCCCCGGCCCUGCCCGGCUGCUGACGGCGCAAUACGCGGCGCUGACGGCGGACUUCCACCCGCCGGCCUUCCUGCAGGCCAUGGCGCAGUGAGGGCGCAGUGAGGGCGCAGUGGGGGCGCAGUGAGGGCGUGAGCGCGUGAGCGCGUGAGGGUGUCGCACAGAGGGCGUGAGUGCGUGUGUGCGUGAGGGCGUGAUGCGGUGGAGUGAUGCGUGAGUGCGUGACGCGGCAGGGGGCGGAAGAGGGAUAGGAGGGAGGCGGGGGCACUGAGUGUGUGGUGGGGGGUUGUAAUUACAUGCCGUUGUCGUUUGUCUGGCUUAGUGCACUUGGUGUCGCCGGUAUGGCACGGGGGGCACGGGGGGGGCGUGAGCUGUCAGCUCCGACGUUUGGUGUGUGUGUGUGUUAAGAGCAGGGGUGCCCUCUGGUCAGGACUUGUGUGUUUUUGCGGUGGUGUGGCGUGGCGUGUGAGGAUGCGGGUGGCGGCCGGCCGAUGCUUCUGCUGAGUGAUGCAGCUGUGCAGUUUAGCAGCACGGCUGGUGCUGACGCAAAGUAGUGUAGCUGUGCA